AUGUCCAGAUUCAAAGAAGUUCAAAAUAUGAUUAAUGCAACCAUCGAACCUGUAAUUAGAAGCUUAACUAAGGACAAGAAGGAUUCCAGAAGAUCAAGGUUGGACAAAACGCUGCAAGACAUCGUUUACAAGCUUGUGCCGGAACUGUUCUUCAGAGAAAUGUUUAGACGAAAAAAGUCCUAUAAAGAUUAUCCUCAUAUAGCUGCGCGAGUUUCGCCAGAGGAGCGCGGUGAAGAUACGGAAAGGACUAUUUUCAAUCCUCAGGAAAUGAUCAGUUUGUCGUUGGAAUAUAUUUGCGAUGACUCCACCCCUGGCGCUAUUCGCAUACCUGGAAUCGCGACCGACCCAGAAAAAAAUACCGGUACCUUCGAUGAGAACCAAGAUUCUCAAAUGAAGAGGUACCUGCACUGUCCCGGCAUGUGCCGAAUCGAAGUACUAAAGAAGUUUGUUAGAAACAAAUACAAUGUUGAUACCAAUCAAUUUUUUAUUGAUGUCCUUUACAAAAGAGUUCCUCUGCCUGACCAUUACACCCUCAUAGAUAUCGCCUAUAUUUAUUCAUGGCAAAGGAACGAACUCAUGAAAUUCUUCUUCCGAAUCAUCGACCGCAAUAAAGCCAAAAAAACGGAUGGUUCCGAUAGUCCUCAACCCCAAUUCAUACCUCGACAUUUCCGUAGAAGUAGAGGGGAGCGUAUAAAAAGACAGUCUAACACGAAUAAUAAGAAAACUCCUAGAAAAUCUUGUGGUAGAGCUUCUGGUAAGCUUUCUAGUCAACCAGGGAUCAAGAGAGAAACUUACAAAGAUAUUAAGACUAAAACAGAAGAAGAGCUAGAAGAAAGGUUACGCGGAAGUGAUGAAGAAAACGCAAGAGUUAAAAUGGAUGAUGCAAGCGAAUCUAGUCUGGAUAGAAAAUGCAAAUCUAAAAAUGAACAAAUCAUUAUUGGAAUUAAUGGAGAAGAUAAAGAGACUGACAAAGUUAUUAGUGAAAGAGUAGAUAAAGAAUUGAAAACCAAAGUUCCUAUUCCAGACAGUUUUUCAACAACAAUAAAAUCCGAACUUAAAUCACCAAUUAUCAAAACUGAACCAGUAUCACCAACAACCAACAAAAAGGACGUCGAUAAAUUAAUAGUCAAAGUAUCCAAGAAACUGUUAGAUGGCGUCAUCCCUUCAAUGCCAGUUUAUUCAACGCCUAUCACCAAAAGUUUCACAAGCAUUACUAUAAAUCGCAGCGAAAAUGUAGAAAUUAUUACAAAAAUUGAACCAGUUUCUUGUGCGGAUGGUUUUUCCACAGGCCAACAUAUUAUUAAGCAAACUAUUAAAAAAGGCCCCAAAAAAAUAAAUAGUCCUAGAGCGACGAUAGCAAAAAAGACUGUUAGAAAGAAAGCUUCGCCAAAGAAGGAAAUAAAAAUAGAAGAGCAUACUAACAAAGCUCCAUCAUCAGAAGUAAAAAAUUGGUUGAAAGACGAAAAAAGUCAGUUUCUACGAUAUUUCAAUCUAUUGCCAAAAGUUGCUUUCAGAAAAGAAACCAAGCUAUCUGUCAAGAAAGAAUUUUCUGAAUCCCCAUCAACACCUAAAAAAGAAUUUGUUGAACCAAUGCGUCCAGCAGGUGGUCACAAGAGAAAAAGCUCCAGUCCCAUCAAAAACGAAAAAGCGAAAGUUCCUAAAAUGAUGAUAAGAAAAACUAUGUUACAAGAAAAACCAACAUCUUCGCAACGAAGUAAAACCCUCAAAAGCGAUUCCGGUUUACGAUCGUUGAUAAGCAAUUGCAAAAUACCUUCCUCAUUAUCUAUAACAAUCAAAGAGGGUUCUCAGGGUGAUUCUUCACCGACAAUAGUACCACCUGUGAAAAAUUUCAUUGAAAUUCUAAAGCUUCCAGAGGACGCUUCAGAAAAGUCAUCAUCUGAAAUUAAAACAAAGUUCGACUUAAGUAAAUUCUGUGAUAAUGACAGCGAACAGAAAGUGGACGAGGACUUAUCGGAAAUAGCUAAAAGCCUUACCGAAAAAAUUCCAAUGUCUACAACAGUGUCGCAAAUUGUUGGUCCCAAACCACAGUUUCAAAUACCCAUGAAAACCAACAUUCCCUCGAAGGUAUCAAUUCAGCCAUCGCCAGUACCUGAGCUCAAUAAAGCUUUGGCAAUUCCUGCAAUUGAAAACUUGGCAAAACUCAAUCCAAGAUCACCACAAACAUUCCAGAAAAUUUUCGAAGAGUCUUUGAAGAAACCUCCUGAUAAUCCAAAAACUGCGGCUGUCGAAGUACCAUCAGCAACUGAUUUAACUAGUACUCCUUCAACUAGUAGUAGUAAUAAAAAAAAUAGUGUGGACAUUAUUGCUUCAAAGUUGUCGAAGGAAACGAAAAGUGAGGAAGAAAGUAAAGAUUCUACAACCCCAAAAGUGCCAAUACCGCGUUUAUCAAAUCUGUUAGGUGCUCCGUUUUCUUCCAAAAUGGUGCCUCAGACUGUAGCAAGUCUACACUCAACUAGUCUCGGUAUGAACUAUACAGUGUCAGUGGGACAACAAAGUCCAACAAAAGUGAUGAAAUCUAACGGAAUCGUGUCGCCGGGAAAAGCAGAAUCGGCGCCAGUAGUGCCGGAAUAUAAACCUCCAGUAUCUCCUUUAAACGAAUUAAAAGCAGUUAAAAACGAUUUCAAAGUGCCAUCACCAAGUCUAGGUUCUCCAAAGCUGCCAGAAGUAAGUAGUAGCAGUAGGUCUCCUAGACCUGCUCCAUCAACUCCUAGACCUGCUCCAUCAACUCCUAGACCUGCUCCAUCAACUAAACAUUCACCAAAAUCAUCACCAUUGAUUAAGCACAUGUACGCACCGACCAUGUUUAAUCAAACACCAGUAACUCGACCUAAGAACACAGCAAAGUUGCCAAAACUAUCACCAAAACCUUCACCAACGACGCCAUCCACUUCACCAAGUCCCAGUGCAUCGGCAUCACAACCGAACGGCUACAACUUGACUCCAAGUGACAUUGUGGAAAAAUACAAUAUCCAAAAUCUCGCGCAGAUUUCGGCCAGUUUUAACUUGAAUCCUUCGAUAAUUGCCAGUAAUCAACUGGCAGCGUUUCAGCAAGCGAUGCUGUUGAAACACUUCGAAAUGCAAAACAGGCAGAGUUGGUUGAACCGAAAUCAAGGGCCCUUGUUACAAUAUGAAAAAUAUUUGCAAAGUUUGAAUAGUAGCAGCGGGCAUAGUAGUAGGCCAAGUUGA